ACAAUCGUCCCAGUUCUUUCGAGGCCCACAUUUGGCGCAUGAAACGUAUAAUUAGGAAAUGGCCUGACCUGUGGGCGUUGGCUGCUGUCUGCUAGACCUAGCGUUUGCCAACAAUCAUCUCUGCUCGAAGCUAUUAAGCUUCACACUGAUGGAAGACCAAGAAGAAGCCAAACUCGAACGUUUCCUUCAAUGGUUACAGGUGAACAGAGUCGAAUUACGUGGUUGCAAGAUCAAGUACUGCGGUCCUAACAAGGGGUUCGGUAUUUUUUCUUCUAAGAACAACAACGGAGACUCUCCAGGGAUUCCGCUGGUUGUUCCGCUAGAUUUAGCAAUAACUCCGAUGAGAGUACUGCAAGAUCCUUUGCUGGGACUGAAAUGUAGAGCCAUGUUCGAAGAAGGAGAAGUAGAUGAUCGGUUCUUGAUGAUCUUAUUCCUCACUGUAGAGCGUCUCCGUAAGAACUCGUCGUGGAAGCCGUAUCUUGACAUUCUUCCGACCACCUUUGGCAAUCCACUUUGGUUCACUGAUGAUGAGCUUCUGGAGCUGAAGGGAACAACAUUGUAUCGAGCAACUGAAUUACAGAAGAGAAGAUUGCGGUCUCUAUAUGAUGAUAAAGUCAAGGAUUUUGUGAAGGAACUUCUGCUUCUUGACGGGGAAUCUGAAGGUGAGGCGCAAUUUGAAGACUUCCUAUGGGCAAACUCCAUAUUUUGGACUCGUGCUUUGAAUAUUCCUUUUCCACAUUCAUAUGUAUUUCCUGAAGUGCAAGAAGGGCAAGAAAAUUGCUUUUUAUGUCUUAACAAAGAUUCUGGUCCUCCCACUAAUCAAUCUUGUGGUGGGGUGUCCAUUCAUGAUAAAUCUGUACAAAGCUGCCAUUCUUGUGAGGUUGAAAGAAAAACAGAUGAAGCAUCAUCCACUUCGGUGCAGGAACAGAUUAUAUGGGUUGAGGGUCUUGUCCCAGGCAUUGACUUCUGCAACCAUGAUUUAAAGGCUGCAGCAACAUGGGAAGUUGAUGGGACAGGAUUGACAACUGGUGUUCCUUUAUCUAUGUACCUCCUAUCUGCUGAUCAGAGUACCUCCCAGAUCGAGAAAGAGAUAUGCAUUAGUUAUGGUAACAAAGGAAAUGAGGAAUUACUGUACCUCUAUGGAUUUGUCAUUAAUGAGAAUCCAGAUGACUAUCUUAUGGUCCAUUAUCCAGUGGAGGCUUUUCAGAGUGUUCCUUUUGCUGAUAACAAAGCUCAGCUUCUUGAAACACAGAAGGCUGAAAUGAGGUGCCUUUUACCAAGAAGUUUGCUAGAUCAUGGAUUUUUCUCUUCACAUUCCCAGAAAGAUGAAGACAACAAUAAACGUAGAAGUGGCUUGGUUUGUAAUUACAGUUGGAGUGGCCUACGAAAGAUGCCCUCUUACUUGGAUAAGCUGGUCUUUCCUGAGGAAUUUUUAAUCACCUUGCGGACCAUUGCCAUGAGAGAGGAUGAGCUUCUUCAGGUUUCAUCAUUGCUAGAAGAGCUUGUUGGAUCUGGAGAGGAGAGGCAACCAUCUAAUACAGAAGUUCAAGCAGCCGUAUGGGAGUCUUGUGGGGAUUCUGGAGCUUUGCAAUUGCUUAUUGAUCUCCUUAAUAUGAAGAUGCUGGAACUUGAAGAAGGUUCUGGAACAGAAGAAAGUGACUCUGAACUAGUUGAAAAGGCCCACAUCAUGGAAAUGCCUGAAAAGUACAUCAGAGAAAAUCAGUCAGCCUUCAUUUAUUUGCAUACAUGCAAGGAAACAAACGUUGACAUUGGAAACCUACUGUUCUGUUAUUUGUCCUGAUACUAGAGGUGAUCGGUUGCUUUAGUUCAAGCUUAUAGGUUUGCAAAUGUUCAAUCCAACCCUUUGAUUAGUGAACCGAAAAACUGCUAGAACCAAUCUGGAAAAUCUGAAGAUUUAGUUGGUUGCUUCAACAAUUAACUAUCCCGGGUCCAUCCUGAUUGGUUGAAGGAUGAUAAUGCUGAUAAAAAGAUAACCGGUUUAUCAUUUGGGUUGAGACAUGCCAAGGUAACCUUGGAAAAUCGGAUAGUGUUUCAGGUGGGUUUGUGGAUUGGGUCAAACCUUGCCUCAAUGAGCAGCAACUCUGCAACUACGUUUUGUCAUUUCAGUGAACAUCUGAUAGGUGACAUGCAUUUCUUUUUUUUUCCCCUUCUGUUGAAAGAUAUUGCAUGCAACACCCUACGUGUAUCCAGCGGCUUAUUUGGGUUUUGAAACAGCAAUUGAUCUUUGAAUGU